GCCGUGACUUCCUCGCCUGCUUGUAUGGACCCAGGAUCUAGCUGUUUUCUUCGCUGUAUGUCUGACGUGGAAAGUGGCGAAAGACCCAUCACCAUCAUCCCCCAUUCGUGCUGGAUGCUGAGUGGAGCUUUAAAUUAUUUUGAAUAAUUCGUCUCGUAGUACAUUCCGGGAAUUGUGUGCCGACGGCCCUGGGUACCUGGUUACCAAAGAGAGCAGGAAGACUCGAAUCCGAUAAGAUCGUGCCGUGCCGUGCGGGAGAAAAAGGAAGUGACCGGAAAGCGACAUCGUUUGUAGGUUUACAUUGUUGAGAAACGGCCACAAAGGGUAGCAGAAGAGGAAAUCCGGCGCGAAAUGAAUCCACAAACGGCGCACUAUGGCCAGUAUCCACAGCAACAGGGCGGCUGGCCGCAGCCUGGUGUUCCACCGGUGGGUCCACCCGGAAUGAGUGUGAACGGGGGCCAACCUCAGCCAAUCCCGCCGCAACAGCAGCAGCAGCAGUUGGUUGGCCAGAUGCAAAGUAUGUCACUUGCUAGUGGACCUCCUAAAGUUGGUCCACCGAAUGCGAAUGGUCCGAUGGGUGGCGGUGGUCCUCCGCUACCAGGCUAUCCGAACCAGGGACCACCUCCUCAGAACAUGGGAGGUCGUCCACCGUCCGGUGCUGGUCCGGGUCCUGCUGCUCCCGGUGCUGGUGGAUAUCCUCCAUCGGCACAGCCGCAGCAGCAGCAGCAGCCUCAGCAAUCCCCUCUUCCUCAAGCUGGAGGGAUGACGAACGGUCCACCGAUAGGUGGUGGUGCUGGCGCAAGACCACCGAUGCCUCCAGGGGCUAAUGGUUAUGGUCAAACAAACGGCCACCAGUACGCCGGCGCUCCUGGUGCUGCCCCUCCAACAAUGCAGGCCACAGCUGGUGGCCCACCACGCCCCGGACAACCUUUUCCACCGCAACCUCUGCAGCAACAACCACAACAGCAACAAGCAUACCCGACCCCAGGACCACAGUUCAACGCAGGCUAUCCACAACCAGGUGUAGGAUUCGGAGCACCGGGAGUUCCUCCUACUGGCCCCGGACAAACUGGAGUGCAACAACCUAGACAACAACAACAGCAGUAUCCACCGAUGCCGGGUCAACAGAUGGCUCCGCCUGCACCCGGAGGUUAUCCUGGCCCACAGCAACCGGGCCAAGUAGGUCAAGCUCCACCGAUGCCAUCAAAUAUGCCCCCUAGGCCUUUUAAUCAAAUGGCUCCACCUGGUCCAGGGUAUAAUGCGAUGCCUCCGAUGCCGCAACAGCACCAGCAACCCCAUGGCUAUCCACCGGCACCUGGUGGUGGUCACUACCCUGGUGUCGGUGCACCUUCACCACCGCAGGCCAAACGGCUGGACCCGGAGAGUAUGCCCAAUCCGAUACAGCUGAUGGCUGAAAACCAGGAAAGCUGUGGCGGCAUCUUUGCGACGAAUACGCCCGGCCAUGUGCCUCCUCUCGUGGCCACGCGCUUCGUAACGCAGGAUCAGGGUAACGCGGGGCCCCGCUUCGUGCGCUCAUCGAUGUACAGCAUCCCGCAGACGGCCGAUCUGAUGAAGCAAAGCGCUGUACCAUUUUCGCUCAUCAUCUCACCAUUUGCCCGGCUGGCCGAUCAGGAGAUGGCCCCACCGAUCGUUGACUUUGGUGAGAUGGGACCGAUCCGGUGUAUUCGCUGCAAGGCGUAUAUCUGCCCGCACAUGCAGUUCGUCGAUGGUGGCCGCCGGUUCCAGUGUCAGUUCUGUAAGGCGACGACCGAGGUACCGCCCGGGUACUUCCAGCAUCUGGACCACACCGGCCAGCGGAUGGAUAAAUACGAGCGGCCCGAACUGGUGCUCGGUGCGUACGAGUUUGUCGCGACUAAGGAGUACUGCCGCAACAAUGUGCCACCGCGCGCUCCGGCCAUGGUGUUUUUGAUCGACGUGUCGUACAACAACGUCAAGUCGGGUCUGGUGCAGCUACUCUGCUCGCAAAUGAAGCAAAUCCUGGCCGGGCUACCGGUGGAUCAGGGCCAGACGCGCUCUUCGAUGAAGGUCGGCUUCAUUACGUAUAACAGCUCGGUGCACUUCUACAACCUAAAAAGCUCGCUGGCGCAGCCUCAGAUGAUGGUCGUUGGGGAUUUGCAGGAGAUGUUCAUGCCUCUGCUCGAUGGGUUCCUCGUCGAUCCGGAAGAGUCCGCAUCCGUGAUUGAUGCGCUGAUGGAGCAGAUUCCGCGUAUGUUUGCCGAUACGCGCGAAACGGAAACGAUCUUGCUGCCGGCUCUGCAGGCUGGCCUGGAAGCACUUAAAGCUUCCGAGUGCGUUGGCAAGCUGUAUGUGUUCCAGUCAACGCUUCCCAACGCCGAUGCGCCCGGUAAGCUGAAGGCUCGGGAGGAACGCAAACUGCUCGGUACGGACAAGGAGAAGACGGUGCUGACGCCACAGUCGACGGUCUACAACAUGCUGGCUCAGGAGUGUGUAGGUGCGGGCGUUUCGAUCGAUCUGUUUGUCUUCAAUAACGCGUACAUCGAUCUAGCCACGAUCGGCCAGGUCGCUCGGUUGACCGGAGGUGAAGUUUACAAGUACACUUACUUCCAGGCGGAUAUCGAUGGUCAACGAUUAGUGAGCGAUCUGAUAAAGAACAUUGCCCGCCCGAUCGCGUUCGAUGCAGUCAUGCGCGUUCGUACUUCGACCGGUGUGCGGCCGACCGACUUCUUCGGACACUUUUUCAUGUCGAACACGAAGGAUAUGGAAAUUGCUAGUAUCGAUUGCGAUAAGGCGGUGGCGGUGGAGAUUAAACACGAUGACAAACUGACCGAUGAGCUGGUGCUGAUUCAGGUGGCACUUCUGUAUACAUCAUGUUCCGGUCAGCGAAGGCUGCGCGUGCUCAAUCUUGCACUGAAGACGUGCAGCGAGUUGCUGGAGCUCUUCCGUUGCUGCGACAUCGAUUCGACGUUGUUGUUCUUCGCCAAGCAGGGCCUGACAAAGCUGAUGGACGGUACACCAGCGGCCGUGAAGGCAGCAAUCGUGCAGCGCUCCGUACAGUUGCUGGCCUGCUAUCGGAAAUAUUGUGCGUCGGCUACCUCGGCCGGACAGCUGAUAUUGCCCGAAGGCAUGAAACUGUUGCCGCUCUAUGUGAACUGUUUGCUAAAGAACGAUGCGUUCUCGGGCGGAGCGGAUAUGUCGAUCGAUGAUCGUUCGUAUGUGAUCUACUACGUGAUGAGCAUGGAUCUGCCGGCCUCGGUACACUACUUCUAUCCACGUUUGAUCCCGCUGCAUGAUGUGCACGUUGAGGCCGAGACAAUUCCAUCGGCAAUCCGUUGUACUGGUGAAAAGAUGCUCGAAGAUGGCGCCUACAUUCUAGAGAACGGUGUGCACAUGUUCAUGUGGCUCGGCCUAUCGCUGUCGCCGGAGUUUACGCAGUCGGUAUUCGGCGCCCAGUGCACACAGCAGAUCGAUACCGAUCGCACUGGGUUGCCAGUGUUCGAUAAUCCGCUGUCACGCCGUAUUCGUGGUAUUGUCGAAAAGAUACAGCAACAGAAACGUCGCUGCAUGAGGCUGACGCUCGUAAAGCAACGCGACAAGCUGGAAAGCGUACUGCGCCACUUCCUGGUCGAGGAUCGAGGCACGUCCGAUGGUUCAGUCAGCUACGUUGACUUCCUCUGUCAUAUGCACAAAGAGAUUCGUCAAAUGCUUAGCUAGCUGGAUAGAGGCAAUAUCGCAAGCAACGGGUUUUUCCUUGGCGGACGGUUUAGAUUUACUAAAAGUCGCAGUGCGGCCACUACUUUUACCUCUAAUUCAUAUACUACCACCACCGCGGUGCCGGAUGUCAAUGGGAAUGCAGUAAUGGGCAGCAUUGGCAGCCCGUGCUGCAAUCUUAAGCAGGAACAGCAGCAGCAGCAGCAGCAGCAGCAAUUGUCAUCGCCACCGCAACAACAGCGAACAAAGUUUGUGUGUGCCGCGCGGUGCCAGGGUUUCGUCGGUAAUCGAAUCGCUUCUCGAUACGACGAGGACGAUGAUGACGAGGAUGAAGAAGAGGGGGACGAAGAGGAUGGCGACGAGCAUGAAGGAGAAGAUGAUGCCGGUAUGGGCGUGAGAGCAAAUGGAACGAUCGUGGAGGAAGAUGAAGAUGGCGAGGAGUGCGAACCACAGGCAAGUCGGCCCCAGUCGUAUCGAGCGGCCAGUUACUCACAAAAUCGUGCGAAAGCGAAUCGUGUCCGACGAAGCUUUGGAGGCAGUGGCGGCGGCCGGUGGUAGAAGCAAUAUUAAUGGAUCCUUUACAUUUCCUUCUGGUAUGGAAGCAGCGUCUGUUUUGGUUGAUAGCGUAGCGUCCGUUGUAUCAUGAACUAUUACUAUUAUUAAUAUUAUUAUUGUAUUUUCGAUGUUUGUUUUGUCUCUCGUGGUAGAUUGUGCAACUCUGUUUCUUCUUUUUCGUUUAUCUUUUAAAACAUAAUCGCUCUGUUCUCUUUAGAUUAUUGUAUGCUUUUCAUUAGCGAGGGAAGAUCAAUGUAGCAAAUAGAGACAAAAGAUUCGGCAAAUGGAUACAGUAAGCGGGGUGCCCAUGCUUGAUUCCAUGAUCGGGCUGAUCGAGUGUUUCAGCACCGAUUAGCACCAAAAAACUUCCGUCUCCAGAUCGUCGAUGCAGCAACGCAGAGCGACACUGCUUGGAACCAAUUGGAGAGGAAUUUAACACAAACUUAAACAUUACCUUAAACAGUAUCGGCCGAGUUCACACGGCAAACGGUCGGCAGAGAGGUACAGUUAGGUGGCAUAUCGGUUUGGCCGGUUGGGCAUAUUGUAUGUACGUUUAUUGAAUCAAACGCAGUUAGCGAACAGAUAGCAAAAUAUAUACAUAUUAUCUUCAUUAUAC